CUUUCAAGUAACCGCAAGUGUUGUUUUAUUACUUAAAUAAAAAUUUGUAGCUCUUUUAAAUGGUAUUUCAUAAUCUUUGUUAUACGUUAAAGAAAAUAUAUUAAUUACUUGACUAGUGUGUUGAUUGGAUUUCGAAGGACCUUAAGAAAUAUUUUUCUCCCGGAUUAUUCAGACGUGUGGACGAGAGUGCUGGAAUUUUUCGGUAGCUACCGUGAAGAGGUGGUGUAUCUAGUUGGAUUCAAACUGAAUGUAAAGCUAGAAUCAUUAAAACAUGUCGAAUAUUGUACUGGAUAAGGAUACCUUCUAUCGACGGAUAAAGCGUUUAUACGCUAAUUGGAAGGAACCGGAAUUCGCUCACGACGACUCGCUGUCGAAGGUAGACUGCAUUCUGACGGCAGUCGGUGCGGAUGAGGAAACGAUCUACAGUAAAUCUACGUCGCUUCAAACGUGGUUGCUCGGUUACGAACUAACCGAUACGAUCACUUUGCUGUGCGAAAAGACAAUCUAUUUCUUGACCAGCAAGAAAAAGAUCGAUUUCCUCAAGCCAAUUGAUAAGGAAGGCGAGGAAAAUGUGCCCGCCAUCAAGUUGCUGGUGCGGGAUAAGAACGACAAAGAUAUGGCCAACUUUGGAAAGCUGCUGGAGGCAAUCAAGGAGUCCAAGAACGGAAAAACCUUGGGUGUUUUCAUCAAAGAUAAAUUUCCGGGAAGUUUCUGCGAAUCGUGGCGUGCCUUCUUGAAGGACAAAGGAUUCGAAAAUAUCGACGUAAGCAUUUCUAUCGGAUACAUCAUGUGUGCCAAGGAGGACACCGAGGUUAUUACCAUCAAGAAAGCCUGUUUGGUGACCGUAGAUGUAUUCAACAAGUAUCUGAAGGACCACAUCAUGGAAAUUAUAGAUGCCGAUAAGAAAGUGAAACAUGCCAAACUGUCGGAGGGUGUAGAGCAGGCGUUGACCGACAAAAAGUAUGUUACCGGAGUAGACGUAAACCAGUUGGAUAUGUGCUAUCCGCCGCUGAUCCAAUCAGGAGGAAAUUACAACCUUAAAUUCAGUGCCGAAAACGAUAAGUCCUAUUUGCACUUUGGAGCAAUCAUUUGCGCUCUGGGGGCACGCUAUAAGUCCUACUGCUCGAACAUUGUUCGUACAUUGCUGGUCAAUCCGACGGACACGAUGCAGAAGCAUUAUAACUUUUUGCUAAAUCUAGAGGAAGAAUUGUUGAAAGUUAUGGUUCCUGGCAAGAAAUUAGCUGAGGUGUAUGAAGCAGGACUGGAGUUUGCGAAGAAGGAAGAGCCCAAGUUGGUUGAAAAAUUGACCAAAACUUUCGGGUUCGCCGUAGGUUUGGAGUUCCGUGAGAACUCCAUGAUCAUCGGGCCAAAAUGUACGGCGACGUUGAAAAAAGGGAUGGCAUUCAGUUUGAAUGUAGGCCUGGCCGGAUUGGAAAACAAGGAAGCGGCCGAUAAAGAAUCCAAAGUGUAUGCCCUGUUUGUUGGCGAUACUGUUCUGGUCAAUGAAGAACCGCCGGCUAGUGUUUUGACACAGUCCAAGAAGAAAAUUAAGAACAUCGGUAUCUUUUUGAAGGACGACGAGGAAGAAGACGAAGAAGAGGAAGAGAAAACGAAAAAACCACCGGAAAUAUUAGGCCGAAGUGGCAAGCGAUCGACGGUACUUGAAAGUAAGCUACGCAACGAGCAAAACUCCGAGGAGAAACGAAAGCAACACCAGAAAGAACUGGCCGAUGCUUUGAACGAGAAGGCUAAGGAACGGUUGGCGAAACAAGGAGGAGGCAAGGAAGCUGAGAAAGUACGGAAGUCUACAGUGUCCUACAAGGGUGGUGUUAAUCAAAUGCCACGAGAGCCCGAGGUUAAAGAACUGAAACUGUUUGUUGAUCGAAAAUACGAGACCGUCAUCAUGCCGAUUUUUGGCAUCACAGUUCCGUUCCAUAUUUCAACCAUCAAAAACAUUUCGCAAUCGGUGGAAGGUGACUACACUUAUCUUCGUAUCAAUUUCUUCCAUCCGGGUGCCACCAUGGGUCGCAAUGAGGGUGCAGUUUAUCCGAAUCCUGAUGCAACAUUUGUGAAAGAAGUAACGUACCGUUCAACGAACACGAAGGAACCGGGAGAAAUUAAUGCUCCCUCGACCAAUCUGAACACCGCGUUUCGGUUAAUCAAGGAGGUUCAAAAACGUUUCAAAACACGGGAAGCGGAAGAACGCGAAAAGGAAGAUCUGGUAAAGCAGGAUACUUUGGUAUUGUCACAGAACAAGGGUAAUCCGAAGCUUAAAGAUUUAUACAUCCGACCGAAUAUUGUGAGUAAGCGCAUGACCGGAUCGCUCGAGGCGCACGUAAACGGCUAUCGCUACACAUCCGUCCGGGGCGACAAGGUUGACAUUCUGUACAACAACAUCAAGAGUUCCUUCUUCCAACCGUGCGAUGGCGAAAUGAUCAUUCUCCUACACUUUCACUUGAAGCACGCUAUUCUGUUCGGCAAGAAGAAGCAUCUCGAUGUGCAGUUCUACACGGAAGUCGGUGAAAUUACCACCGACCUGGGCAAACAUCAGCACAUGCACGAUCGUGACGAUUUAGCGGCCGAGCAGGCCGAACGAGAGUUGAGACACAAGCUGAAAACGGCUUUCAAAAGUUUCUGUGAAAAGGUAGAAGCUAUGACCAAACAGCAGAUAGAAUUCGAUACACCGUUCCGGGAUCUAGGUUUUCCGGGUGCUCCGUUCCGCAGCACCGUGUUGCUUCAGCCAACAUCCGGCUCGCUAGUUAAUCUAACCGAGUGGCCCCCGUUCGUCAUCACACUGGAGGACGUGGAGUUGGUGCACUUCGAACGAGUUCAAUUCCAUCUGCGGAACUUUGAUAUGGUUUUUGUGUUCAAAAACUAUCACCAAAAGAUUGCGAUGGUGAAUGCGAUUCCGAUGAAUAUGUUGGAUCACGUGAAAGAAUGGUUGAAUUCGUGCGACAUUCGCUACUCGGAGGGCAUCAUUUCGUUGAAUUGGGCGAAAAUUAUGAAAACCAUCACGGAUGAUCCGGAAGGCUUCUUCGAAACGGGAGGCUGGAACUUCCUGGAUCCGGAAUCAGACGACGAAAACCAAGGAAACGAUGAUUCCGAAGAUGAGGAAGACGACGCGUACGAACCGACCGAUGAUGACGAUGAAGAUGAGUCCGACUCGGAGGACUAUUCCGAAGCGUCAGAAGAUGACGAUUCUGCUUCGGAGGAUGAUCUCGGCUCGGACGAAGAGUCUGGCAAGGACUGGUCCGAUCUGGAGCGUGAAGCUGCCGAAGAAGACAGAAAUAGAGACAAAGAUGAUUUUGUCGACGAUAGACAUUCAUCGAAAAAGAGAUCCCAUCAUAGACGCGAUCGAGGAGUUGAAUCAUCCUCAGCUAAAAAGAAGCGACCCGAAGCGCACAGCUCAUCUAAAAGUAGCAGCCGUGACAAGCAUAAGGAUAAACACAACGACAAGAGUAAGGACAAACAUCGCAGUAGCAGCGGAAGCAGUAAGCACAACAGCAGUGAUAAACACAAGAGCAGCAGCAGCAGUAGCAGUCACAAGAGAUCACGAGAUGAUUCGAGAGACAAUUCGCAUCAUCACAAGAGCAAAAAGUCCAAAAAAUAAUUCUGAACUUCGCGAAACUUGUGUCUGUUAUCAAAUGGGUAUCUGCUGUGUUAUGUGCUCAGAUUUAAUCCGAGUGCUUAAUAGAGCCCCUCUGGAGAAUUGCUUGUUUUAUUUCUCAAAUUUUCGCUUUUUAGUUUUUUUCAAACUUCCGCUCUCCGGAUAUCGUCAAGGCCUCAACAUUGUUAUAAAUAAGUUCAGCUAGUUUUCGUUUGCCGUUUUAACCUUCAAACUCUUGUUUCACUAAGUACAAUGACAAGGAAAACAAAUACAUUCGAUUCAGUUGUACAAUUGUUGGCCUCUCGAAUAUUUUCCAAAAUGCACCAGCAACCAUUCAUUGCUGAUCUGGUGACAUCUUAUUUACCUCCCGUCUGUUUAAAAAGCUAAGUGAUUAGUUGUCAAUUUUGGAACCGACAGAUUUAUUGGUUGUUCAAAUGGUCAAACUGUGAACAGGAUGUUGAGACAAAUAUACAGUAAUGAAUUCCGAUAGUAUUACACAGA